AAAAUCCCGAAACUCCAGCAUGACCUCAAGAUGCUCUAUAUUUCGCCUUCGACACACCUUAAUCUAGAUCAUUGACACUCCCUCCUCUCUUCCCGUCGCCCAAUUGCGCCGCGCUAUGCAAGGGCUCACGACAUCGACAACCGCUAUGCUGUCUCGUCAGCUCGUGCGACGACAACCAGUCGCGGCCUCUGCCGUGGCCAGAAUAGUCGCGCAACGGACAUACGCUACGCCAGCCGGUCUCCCGCCUAAGAACUUCCGAAUCCCCAACCCGAAACGAUGGGACGAAGAAGAAGAGAAGACUUGGGAUAAGAUUGGAUCGUAUUUCCUCUUGACAGAAAUGUUUAGAGGAAUGUACGUCGCGUUGGAGAACUACUUCAGACCACCGUAUACAAUUUACUAUCCUUUUGAGAAGGGACCUAUCUCUCCCAGAUUCCGUGGCGAACAUGCCUUGAGACGUUACCCGUCCGGCGAAGAACGAUGUAUCGCCUGCAAGCUAUGCGAAGCAAUCUGCCCAGCACAAGCCAUUACCAUCGAAGCAGAAGAGCGAGCCGACGGUUCGAGACGAACAACUCGCUACGAUAUCGACAUGACAAAAUGCAUCUACUGCGGCUUCUGCCAAGAAUCAUGUCCCGUAGAUGCUAUCGUAGAAUCCCCCAACGCCGAAUAUUCCACCGAGACGAGGGAGGAGCUGUUAUACAAUAAGGAGAAGCUUCUUUCAAACGGAGAUAAGUGGGAACCAGAGUUGGCGGCCGUCAUCAGAGCAGAUUCCCCUUACAGAUAAUCAAAAUCGAUGGGGGCUUAUAUAUUGGGAGCGUUGUAUUGUACGCUGUAAAUACUAACUAGAGGACAAUGAACAUCUUCCAUUUGUGGCGUUCAAUAUAUAUCCAAACGGUAGCGAGACGAUGUAGAACUCUGCUGUUCUACGAACUACUAGGUAUAUCCGUAGACACUACCUACGUACCUCGUUAUCUAGAGCUUCAUGUCGUCGCUCUAAUUACCGACGAGGCUGGAGCUCAACCUAACGAUAG